CGAAUGUUUUGUUUUGAUUAUCAUCACGAAAUCUACUGCAGGCAUUCCACUUGUGUCCGUACUGGAAGUCUGCCGGAGUAAAAGCGAAACAACGAUUCUUCGACCACUGAUAAGUUAUCAAGCGCCAUGGAGCAUCAGGUAGACAGCCUGCUGGAUAAAAUCAUGGAUGUACCAGGCAACGUUGGAUGUCUGUUGGCGAACAACCAAGGACUGUGUCUGGGAGCUAAAGGUACCGCAUCGGAACAUUCAGCUGGAAUAAUCGUGGCCAUAUCAGAUCUAGCCUCCAAGCUAGAUCCUACCAGCAGCAGUCCAGUCAUUUCACUGGAAUCGAAUGACAAAAUUUGUAUGAUUCACAAACACGGAAUCACAGGUGCCAUUUACAAGCAGAAAGGAACCUAGAUAGAGCCUUGGCGCUGGUCGUGAUAAAUAAAUGCUAUUUGUUUAACGUAAACGUG